AUGCACGAGAAGGGUUGGCCAGGAGAGGUGGACGGUGGUCAGGCAGAGUGUGACGUGCCUGUCUCGGUGUGUGACGUGCCUGUCACGGUGCCUGUCACGGUGCUUGAGGCGCCUGUCUCGGUGCUUGAGGCGCCUGUCACGGUGCUUGAGGCGCCUGUCUCGGUGCUUGAGGCGCCUGUCACGGUGCUUGAGGCGCCUGUCUCGGUGCUUGAGGUGCCUGUCACGGUGCCUGUCACGGUGCUUGAGGCGCCUGUCUCGGUGCUUGAGGCGUCUGUCACGGUGCUUGAGGCGCCUGUCUCGGUGCUUGAGGCGCCUGUCACGGUGCUUGAGGCGCCUGUCUCGGUGCUUGAGGCGCCUGUCACGGUGCUUGAGGCGCCUGUCACGGUGCUUGAGGUGCCUGUCACGGUGCUUGAGGCGCCUGUCUCGGUGCUUGAGGUGCCUGUCACGGUGCUUGAGGUGCCUGUCACGGUGCUUGAGGCGCCUGUCACGGUGCUUGAGGUGCCUGUCUCGGUGCUUGAGGCGCCUGUCUCGGAGCUUGAGGUGCCUGUCACAGUGCUUGAGGCGCCUGUCACGGUGUCUGAGGCGCCUGUCACGGUGCUUGAGGCGCCUGUCACGGUGCUUGAGGCGCCUGUCACGGUGCUUGAGGCGCCUGUCUCGGUGCUUGAGGUGCCUGUCUCGGUGCUUGAGGUGCCUGUCUCGGUGCUUGAGGCGCCUGUCUCGGUGUCUGAGGCGCCUGUCACGGUGCUUGAGGCGCCUGUCUCGGUGCUUGAGGCGCCUGUCUCGGUGCUUGAGGCGCCUGUCUCGGUGCUUGAGGUGCCUGUCACGGUGCUUGAGGCGCCUGUCUCGGUGCUUGAGGUGCCUGUCACGGUGCUUGAGGCGCCUGUCUCGGUGCUUGAGGUGCCUGUCUCGGUGCUUGAGGUGCCUGUCUCGGUGCUUGAGGCGCCUGUCUCGGUGCUUGAGGCGCCUGUCUCGGUGCUUGAGGCGCCUGUCUCGGUGCUUGAGGCGCCUGUCUCGGUGCUUGAGGCGCCUGUCUCGGUGCUUGAGGCGCCUGUCUCGGUGCUUGAGGUGCCUGUCUCGGUGCUUGAGGUGCCUGUCACGGUGCUUGAGGUGCCUGUCACGGUGUCUGAGGCGCCUGUCACGGUGUCUGAGGCGCCUGUCUCGGUGCUUGAGGCGCCUGUCUCGGUGCUUGAGGCGCCUGUCUCGGUGCUUGAGGCGCCUGUCUCGGUGCUUGAGGCGCCUGUCACGGUGCUUGAGGCGCCUGUCACGGUGCUUGAGGCGCCUGUCUCGGUGCUUGAGGCGCCUGUCAUGGUGCUUGAGGUGCCUGUCACGGUGUCUGAGGCGCCUGUCUCAGUGCUUGAGGCGCCUGUCACGGUGCUUGAGGUGCCUGUCACGGUGCUUGAGGUGCCUGUCACGUUGUCUGAGGCGCCUGUCACGGUGCUUGAGGCGCCUGUCACGGUGCUUGAGGUGCCUGUCACGGUGCUUGAGGUGCCUGUCUCGGUGCUUGAGGCGCCUGUCUCGGUGCUUGAGGCGCCUGUCUCGGUGCUUGAGGCGCCUGUCUCGGUGCUUGAGGCGCCUGUCACGGUGUCUGAGGCGCCUGUCACGGUGCUUGAGGUGCCUGUCUCGGUGCUUGAGGCGCCUGUCACGGUGUCUGAGGCGCCUGUCACGGUGCUUGAGGUGCCUGUCUCGGUGCUUGAGGCGCCUGUCACGGUGUCUGAGGCGCCUGUCACGGUGCUUGAGGCGCCUGUCUCGGUGCUUGAGGCGCCUGUCACGGUGCUUGAGGCGCCUGUCUCGGUGCUUGAGGCGCCUGUCACGGUGCUUGAGGCGCCUGUCACGGUGCCUGAGGUGCCUGUCACGGUGCUUGAGGCGCCUGUCUCGGUGCUUGAGGCGCCUGUCACGGUGCUUGAGGCGCCUGUCACGGUGCUUGAGGCGCCUGUCACGGUGCUUGAGGAAGAGCAGAGAGAGGGGGGGUGGGGAAGUGCUGAGUUUACCUGA